AUGAUUAUUACUGAAAUCAAUUCAAAAGAACCUAUUAUAGACAUUGAUUAACAUCAAUAAUAAUUUGAAGAUAGAGAAAAUAAAGUAAGCUAAUCUAUUAAGUAGAGUCCAAAUGAAUUUAUUGUUAUAGAAGUAGAAAAACAAUAAGAAUAAUCAGAAUUGUAAGAGAUCUAUGAAGAAUAAUUAGACAAAUAAUAAUUAAAGUAAAAAGAAAUGGAAAGAUUAGAAAGAAUCAAAAAGUACAUACUUCAAGAUCAUUAGAAUACCAAUCACUUUGAAAAGAUAGCUAUCUACUAUCAAUGAAUUAUCAGACCAAUCCAUUAAUAAUAGUUGUUCUCCUUAAAUUGAUGUAGAUCAUCCUCAUUAUAAAAAAGUUAAUAAAGAUGUAUCAAUCAAUUCAGCUAAGUAGUUUUUAUUCCAAAUACAAGAAGAAAAUAAAUAAACAGAACCGAUUUAGUAAAAAUAAUAAAAAAAGAGGUUUAAAAAGAAAAAGAAGAAAAAGCAAAUAUCUCGUUAAUUAACUCAAUCAUCUCUACCUAUUCCUGAAAUUAAAUAUUAAUAAAAUAUGAAUUUCAAAUUUUAUUUUAGAGAUUAAAGAAUAGAUUGUAGUUGGAAAUUAUUGUUUACUUAUAUUACUAUUAUAAUUUUAAGUAAUAUCGUACUUUAAACUAUUGAAAUAAUAAGGUAUUCUUAAAGUGUGUGUAAAUUAGAAGGCAUAGAAAAUUUAUUUAUUUAUGCUAAUCAAUUAUUCUAUAUCUUAGGUAAAAUUGGAUUAUUGAGUUUAAAUUACUAAGAAUUUACAAAUACAUUACCUACUAAAUCAAAAAUCCCUCUGUUUAAUUUAGUAAUC